GCAGUAGACACACUCUGGUGCUUCCAGCCACACAUAUUUACAGAAGUUCAAAGUUCUUCUUUUGUUCCACAGCUGAACCGUGGGCCUUGUGUCUUUUCCAUUUGAUUAUCACUGAAGGCCUCUCGGACUUGUCGAGGCCACAAGAGUUAAAACUACACAAUAAGAGACUCCACGGAUGGACGGUUUUGGUUAUCGUUGAGCGAGAGGAAAUUUUGAAACGUUGUGCAAUGGUGCUGCAAAAAUUUUGAAAGGUUGUGAGACGCAUUCGGUUUGCAAAGCUGUUUGGAAAAGAAGCCUCCAUGUUGCAUCCCUACAGAAUGGAGACCUACCUCAUUCCACCUCCCUCAGAGGAAAUCUACGACCCUGAGAUGUACAUACAGAUACCAGAUUAUUAUAAUUCAUAUGUUCUGGAUGCAGAGAUGCAGCCAGAUCAUUGGGACUAUCGCACUCACCCUCAUGGACACCCAGUGGAGUUCGACAACCUCCAGGAAACAAACUUCACCGAGUUGCAGAGUGUGCAGUCGCUGCACCCGCCCAGCCUGAUCCGACAUGACACCAUGCGCUACGACGCAGAGAGUCUGCUGGAGCCAAAUCUGGGGGCACAUUCUCACAUGUUGCAACAACAUAUUUUCCCACGGACUCUGUAUUCAACACAUACGUCCCAGCGCAGCACUGAUGAUGACGAGCAUGGAGGUCAAAGUCCCCCCUUGGAGGUCUCUGAUGAGGAGUGUCUCAGAGAUCAAAUCCCUUAUGUUUCACACGGAGAGAUGGGCAACAAAAAAAAGAUCCGUUUGUACCAGUUCCUGUUGGACCUUUUAAGGAUCGGCGACAUGAAGGAAAGCAUCUGGUGGGUGGACAGAGACAAGGGAACCUUCCAGUUUUCGUCCAAACACAAGGAGGCUCUCGCACACCGCUGGGGAAUCCAGAAGGGGAAUCGCAAAAAAAUGACCUAUCAGAAAAUGGCGAGGGCUUUGCGCAACUACGGCAAAACCGGAGAGGUGAAAAAGAUCAAGAAGAAACUGACAUACCAGUUCAGUGAUGAGGUGCUUGGGAAGAGUCAUUUUGAAAGAAAGCCAUACAUGUAGGCACAAGACUGGAUCGUGCAAAUGAGGUGACUUUUGAGUUCUGGUAUCGGUGGUCACUUAAAGUUACCAUUGUUUGUAAAUAGCAUUAAAAAACGUCAGGGAAAGUGAACAAAGGGAAUGUGCAGGUUAAUGAUGGUUUCAUGUAGAACAUUUAUACUCCCCUGCACACAAAUACAGUAUAUGGACAUGUGCUGUCUAUCCGUCCAUCCUUUUUCUAUAGUCUUUAUUUUGGCAGACUUACGGGAAAGCUUUAGUUUAUCUCGGCUGACUUUAGCCAGUUUACUUCCAAAGGUGUAAUGUUUAUGUACACCAAGGCUAUUUAACUGGCAGCCCAAGGGCCAAACCAGGCACUGGAAUGACACCAGACAGUUCAAUUCAAAACUCGGGAGACAAACAUUUUUGCAGCAAAUUCCUGAAACCACUAGCGUCCUCCAGUUGUAUAGGUGAACUUGGACCGCUGUAAACUCAUUGGCAGAUCCUUGCAUUGACACUUUAACCUUGCUAGCAAACGUAGGACACUGGGUUCCAAAUGUGUUAUUUACAUAACUAAGGUGUUCCACAAGGCACCUCUGUAAGUCCCCAUUUUUUUCGGCAGUGUACUUUUUUUGUAAUGUGAUUUAUGUAACUUAGGUGUUGCUGUAGCUUGUUUACUUCAGAUGGAGUAGUAGUCUCUUGUUCAACUUCUUUAGUUAUACUAGUAGUGUUCCAUUUUAGGUACUCUCUUUUUCUUCAUUUGGGCUGGUCAUCUGGUGGCCUGUAAGUUCAGUUAAAAAAACCUUAUGAGAGACUAACAUCUUUUCAGAAGGUCCUUAAAAACAGCAUAACCAAAACAUUUUGGAUAAAUAUCCCUUAUGGAGGCAGCACGGUGGAACAGGGGUUAGUGCAUGUGCCUCACAAUACGAAGGUCCUGAGUAGUCCUGAGUUCAAUUCAAUUACUUUUUGAAUCAUACAUAGUUACUUUAACUAAUAUCCAGUUUCCUCUGAACCACGUUCAUCUGGAUCCACAUAACUCAAUUUGCCCAUUACAAUGUGCUUACAAUUCUCAAUAUAUCAUCAUACAUUCAUACUCAUAUUGAAAAUAAGCUAGACCUCACUAUACCGAACCAAAAUAUUAGAUUUGUACAAUUUCUUAAAAUGCUCAAUGUUUUAACAGUGAUUGAGCCAUCACUCAGGUUGUUCCAUAUUUUCACCCCACAGACUGAGACACAAAAACUUUUCCUUGUGCUAAGUGCAAAAGCGUGUUUAUAUUUUGCCGUUCCUCUGAGGUUAUACCCCGCAUCCCUUUCUAUUAAUAAACUUUGAAUAUUUGCCGGCAAUUGAUAACUUCUUGCUUUAAACGUUAUAAACCCUGUCAAAUAUUCUACUAAAUCAGGAAAUUUUAACAGUUUUGACCUUAAAAAUAAGCUAUUUGUGUGCUCCUUGAACCCCACAUUAUGGAUAAUUCUAAGUACCUGUUUUUGUAAGAUUGUUAAGCGGUGUAUGUUGGUUUUAUAAUUAUUUCCCCAAACUUCUGCACAGUAAAUUAAGUUAGGAUAAAUGAGCGAAUAGUAGAUGGUUCGAGGGUGCAUACUCAUAUGGGUACUGAUGGUACACUGUGUUUUGCAAUACAGUAAGCACACACUGAAUGUGCAAACGUUCUUCAAUAUAUCAUUGUGUAACUUUUUUUUUU